AUGUCAACAACCAAUCCAACUAUAGUAAAUAAAGAAUUAUCAAAUAUUAAUGAAGAUAUACUUUACAACUCACUCUGUUUUUUAUCAUUUGAUAGUCUCUUGGAAUGUUUAGUUUCGAUUGGAUAUGAAAAUGAUAUAGAAUCAGUGGGUAAUCAAAAAAGCGAUUUAGUUAAUAGACUUGUCAAUGACUCUAGAGAACUAGGUAUCGAAGAUUUUAUUCAGCGUUUAAAUUUUGAAACCAUUACAGAAACCUGCUCUCUUUUAUCAUUAUCUGGUGUUAAUGGUGACACCGAUGAAGAGAUUCUAGAAAAUUCAAGAAAACAAUUAGAGGAUAAAAUGAAAAGAGACUCAUUAGACCAAUUCUUUUAUUCUUUAACUCCGCACAUUCUUUCACAAUUUUGUAAUUGCUUAAAAAUUAAACUCCCACCACCAACUACAACUAAUGAAAAUAGUGAAUCAAAUGAAUCAAAAGAAACAGAAGAGGAAGAAGAAGAAGAGGAAAAAGAUAUUGAAGAAAUGGAAGAAAAAGAAGAAACUAAAACCAUAUCAACAUCGAUCCCAUCAAUUAAAGUCGGUGCUGAUGGAACUACAGUUUUAUCAACCCUGUCAACCAAAUCAACCUAUAAGAAAUAUAAAAAUAGAGGUAUUCAAUAUGGCGAUAGUAUAGUAGAAGGUGUAUUUUAUGAAAACAUUAUUAGAUUAGUCAGAGAUGAAAUUUUACUUUGUGGUGUCGAAAACUUAUUUUCAUUCUUACCAAAACAAAAACUACUCCCAAUUUGUGAAUCUCUUAAAAUUAAUAUAAAACCAACUGAUAAGAUGUCAGAUAUAAUAACAAAAGUUACCUCAAAAUUAUUUAAUAUAGAUUUAAUACAUGAUCAAAAACAACAACAACAACAAUUUAUAACACCAAUCAGAACUAGAAAUAACCUUCAAUACCCCAAGACACCUUCAUCAGCAUCAGAAAGUGAAGAUAAUAGUGAUAAUAAAAACAAUAAUGACAACAGUAACAAUAACAAUAAUAUAAAUGAAGCAGACUCUGCAAAUAAUACAAAUAGUUGCAAUAGUAAUAAUAACUCACCAAGAUCAAAUAAAAACAAAAGAAAACUUGAGGAAGAAACUGAAGAGUCUGAUAAUAGUAAUAAUGAAACCACUGAUGAUUCAGAAAUUGACCAACCCGCAAAAAGACCACUUAUUACAGAUAUUAAAAAUGGUAUUACAAAAGAAGACCUCAGCUGCUAUUUAGUAAAGGAUCUUAGACAAUGGUUACAAAAAAAAGGUUUAAAAUACACAGAUAAAAAAUCAGUUUUGGAAAAUAGAAUCUUAAAAUAUUUAGAAAAUGAAAAUGAAGCCACAUCCGCUUCAGAAUCUGAAGAUAAAGAGAAAGAGAAAAAAACACCUUCAAAAAAAUUAAAAUCAAAACAUAACUAA